AUGGACCUCAACACUUUGGAGGACAUGGCAAAUGGGACAAGUGUGGAAGAAUUCAUCCUUCUUGGCUUCCCAGGCACAUGGCAUUUCCGUGUCUUCCUUGUGGUGGUAUUUGCACUGACGUACUCCCUGACAGUAAUCGGCAAUGCAUCCAUCAUAUCCGUUGUGUGGAUGAACAGCAACCUCCAUACCCCAAUGUACUUUUUCCUCUGUAAUCUCUCCUUUCUGGAGAUCUGGUACACCACAGGUGUUGUUCCCAAAGCCAUAGGAGUCAUGCUGGGGACAAGCCAGAACAUCUCUUUCAGUGUCUGCAUCCUCCAGUUGUAUUUUCUUCUCUCCCUAGGCUCCACCGAAUGUUUCCUUCUGUCUGUCAUGGCCUAUGACCGCUACUUAGCCAUAUGCUACCCCUUGAGAUACAACUCACUCAUGAACAAGGUCCUCUCUGCUCGGUUGGUGCUCAGCUCCUGGCUGGGAGGCUUUCUGGCCAUCUCACUGCUGGCCUUUCUGACAUCCAGGCUGACAUUCUGUGGGCCAGAUGUCAUCAAUCAUUUCCUCUGUGAUAUAGAUUCCUGCCUUGCCCUCUCCUGCAGUGACACAUGGCCUGUGGAAUUGGCAACCUUUCUAGUCUCCAUAAUUGUUGUUGUGGCCUCCUGUGUGGUCACACUGGUGUCCUACAUGUACAUUAUCUCUUCCAUCCUGAGAAUCCAGUCGUCCCAUGGCCGGAAAAAGGCCUUUUCCACUUGCUCUGCCCAUCUCAGUGUUGUCACGAUCUGGUACGGCUCCACUAUGUUCCUGUAUGUCAAGCCAUCAGCCAAGAACUCUUUAGAUCUGAACAAACUUGUGAAUACCUUUAACACAGUUGUAACUCCUCUGCUGAAUCCCUUCAUUUACACACUUAGGAAUAAAGAAGUGAAGCAAGCUCUGGGACGGGCUUUCCAGAGAAAGUGA